AUGAUUGCAAAUUAAAAAACUAUUGCAGUGAUAUUUUUAAUUGUUUUGAGCAAUAUAUUUGCAAGUUGCCAAAAAGAUUAAGUAAAAAUACACGAAUUUAAAAUAUGUUAGAGCAGUAGUAAUUAGAGGUUGUUAAAAAGUGCUUCAGAGGAGAAUAAUGAAACCAAAGAGUUUAAAGAUAGUGACAAUUAAGAAAAGAAAGAAGGAAAAGGUUCUUAAAUUCUUUUACCUCUUAUUAACAUGUUGAAUUUGCAUUAUGAUACUGAGCUCUACUUUGGAAAGAACAAGCAACCCUUUAAAUUAAUUAUAGAUACAGGUUCCACUGCUUUGUGGAUUCCAGAUAUUGAUUGUAUUAAUUGCAAACAGAAUAACCUAUGGAAGCUUUACAAUUGCGACAAAAGUAGUACUUGUCAUUCAUAAAAUAAAGAUGAUAUGAUAAACAUUGAAUAUGGAGUUGGGUCUGUAGAUGGAUAUGUUGUGAAAGAGAAUAUUUAUUUAAGUGAUAAAGAUUAAACUGGAUUCGAAUACGAAUUUCUAUUAGUAAAGAAUGUCACUAACUUUAAGGUUUUACAAAUAUAAGGAAUCAUAGGUUUAGGCAGAGAAGAAAGCAGUGAGUUUAAUCAUUAGACAAUUUUAGGGAGCAUGAAAAAAAAAGGUGUCAUUGAUUAAAGGGUAUUCUCAUUGUUUUUGAGUGACUCAAGUUGUUUAGGAAAUAGUGUUUUGGUCUUUGGAGGAUAUAAUGAAGAUUAUACCUAAGGCCCUAUUUCAUAUAUUAGUGUAAAUACAAACGAAAUGUGGAGUGUCGAAAUAUCAUAAGCUGCUUUGGCUUUAAAUACUCAAAGCGAUUCUAGUAAUUAAAAUGAAAAGAAAAAGUCGUUAUUGUAAUUCUCAACUGAUACAGUAAUCAUAGAUAGUGGUACCACAAAAAUCGUACUUCCAAAACCAGACUUAAGUGCAUUAAUGGAUUUAUUAAAAUAAGAUUUUGGAAUUGUCUGCGAAUUAGAGAAACGUUCUGCAUCAGCAGAAAUAUUUACUUUGGUUUGUGCAGAAUCAGACUAUUUAAAAUAUCCUUCCUUUAUAUUUACUUUGGGUUCAACUCCAUCGGAAUAAAAAGAAUUUGAACUUACAGGGGAAGAAUAUAUUGAAUCUUGCUUCUAUCAUUUGUAAGUUCGUAAGUGUGCUUUACGUUUCUAAUAUGUAGAAACUGAUUACAUUUUGUUAGGUGAUACAUUCCUACGUAAAUACUACACAAUUUUUGAUAUGGAUAAUCAAAGAAUAGGCUUUGCCUUAGCCAAAGUUAUCCAACCUAAACCAUUCUAUGAGACUCCCAUUUUUAGUGCUUACUUAGGUUUAGGAAUAACAAUUGGCUUCCUCUUAUUUUUCUUGUUAAUGUGUAAGAUUCGCUCUAUUUGGCAAGAGAGAAACUUUGAAAGGCUGCAUUCAGUUAAAGCUCAAGCUGAUUCUCCACCAAAUACCACAGGUCCAGAUGAUCUUCAUAGUCAUUAAAGACCAGGACACAUAGAAAUGUAACAAGGUAAUGACUAAAGCAUUGAAGAUCCUAAUGACAUUUCUGAAGAAAUUUCUUAAGACGAUAUCUCUGAUAUUGACUAAUCUUAAAAUAAGAAUUAAUAAUCAUAUAGAUUACCUGUUCAGAAAAAAGAGUGA